AUGCCGAGAGGAGCUUCAUCGCAAUCGGGGAAGCCCCAUAGCAGCCAUACAGUGCUACCGUACGAAACGCCGAAACUGAGAGACCAUUACCUGAUGGGCAAGAAGCUCGGGCAAGGCCAAUUCGGCACCACGUACCUCUGCACCCACAAGCCCACCGGCGACCAAUACGCCUGCAAGUCCAUCCCCAAGCGUAAGCUCCUCUCCCCCGAGGAUUACGACGACGUUUGGAGGGAGAUUCAGAUCAUGCACCACUUGUCCGAGCACCCCAGCGUCGUUCAGAUCAAAGGCACCUACGAGGACUCUGUGUUUGUUCACUUGGUGAUGGAGCUCUGCGCCGGCGGCGAGCUCUUUGAUAGGAUUGUCCAGAAGGGCCAUUACAGUGAGAGAGAGGCUGCCAAGCUCAUCAAGACCAUUGUUGGGGUCGUUGAGGCCUGCCACUCUCUUGGUGUCAUGCAUAGGGAUCUCAAGCCUGAGAAUUUCUUGUUUGAUACUCCUUCGGAUGAUGCCAUGCUCAAAGCCACCGAUUUCGGCUUGUCCGUCUUCUACAAGCCAGGACAAGUUUUUUAUGAUGUAGUUGGGAGCCCCUAUUAUGUUGCACCUGAGGUGUUAGCCAAGAUUUAUGGACCUGAAGUGGAUGUAUGGAGUGCUGGUGUGAUACUUUACAUCCUGUUAAGUGGAGUUCCUCCUUUUUGGGCAGAAACUGAAGCAGGGAUCUUCAGACAGAUUUUAGAUGGCAAAAUAGAUUUUGAAUCUGAGCCUUGGCCUAAUAUUUCAGAAAGUGCAAAAGAUCUGAUGUAUAAGAUGCUUGAGAGGGAUCCAAAGCAAAGAAUUUCUGCCCAUGAAGUCCUAUGUCACCCAUGGAUUGUGGAUGACAGAGUUGCCCCAGACAAACCGCUAGAUUCAGCUGUUUUGUCUCGCCUCAAGCAGUUCUCAGCAAUGAAUAAACUUAAAAAGAUGGCUCUUCGUGUUAUAGCUGAAAGACUGUCAGAAGAAGAGAUUGGUGGUCUAAAAGAGUUGUUCAAAAUGAUUGACACAGAUAAUAGCGGGACAAUAACAUUUGAGGAACUUAAAGCGGGCUUGAAAAGAGUGGGCUCUGAAUUAAUGGAAUCUGAAAUCAAGUCUCUUAUGGAUGCAGCGGAUAUAGACAACAGUGGAACAAUAGACUAUGGUGAAUUUCUUGCUGCUACCUUGCACUUAAACAAGAUGGAAAGAGAGGAGAAUUUAGUUGCAGCCUUUUCCUUUUUUGACAAAGAUGCCAGUGGGUACAUUACCAUUGAUGAGCUUCAACAGGCUUGCAAAGAGUUUGGUCUGGGUGAUGUUCAUCUGGAUGAGAUUGUCAAAGAGAUUGAUCAGGACAAUGAUGGCCGUAUUGAUUAUGGGGAGUUUGCUGCAAUGAUGAGGAAGGGUGAUGGAGGAUUUGGGAAGAGCAGAACCAUGAGAAGCAAUUUGAACUUUAAUUUGGCUGACGCUUUCGGAAUAAAAGACUCUACCUGA